AUGCAGAUCAAGAACAUCUUCGUCCUAGCUCUUGCCUCCUUUGCAGUGGCAGAUAUCUUCGACACGAUUUCAGAUGGAUUCAAUGACAUUGGAGACAACAUCGAAAGCGUGUUCAACGAUAUCACUUCAGACGGAAGUGAUUUCUGGUCAUCGAUCAGGAGCGAAGCUUCCUCAGUCGCCUCUUCAUAUUCGUCAGAAUUCUCUCAGUUCACAGCAACCGCCAGUCUCGGUCCUGAAGCAACAUCCUACAUCAAGUCCCUCGAAUCCGCUGCCUCUUCUCGCAUCGCCAGCAUAAGUAGUGUCGCACGCACACACACAGCAACCAAUACUGGAGCAGUAGCCGUAGCUGCAACAACUAUCACGACAACAAAUGCUGCUGGUCAGACUAUUACUAGCACGAGCAUGAGCACUGGCGGCGCUGCAUUGCCAACUGGUGCUGUUGGUGCGAUGCUGUUUGGAGGGGCAGCCAUCUUUGCAGCUGCGUUGUAG